UUUAGAAUCAGUCCGAAAAAACCUGGAAAUAAGACAUUUCUGUCUUCAAAAUAAAAUGAGCGUACAGCGACACCGAGUGUUGGUCGAGUGUGAGCUGUAUUGUGAAAGGAACGACUGACACUUCCGCCUCCCGUGUGCACUGCUUGAGGAGUCGUGAGUCGAGUCGUGAGAGCAGAGCAGAAACCAAAAACGACCAUGAAUACGUUCAACUUGUGACUCAUCUUUUCAAACGGUCACCUGCACGAUGUUCCGCGAGCUGUUUCCCUUCGCGGAGGACAGCUUCAGCCGCUUCCCGUCGCAGAGCAACAUCUACGGGCUGAGUCAGGCCGGAGAGCACGAGCUGCUGGCGGCCACUCUCAAGGGGAAGGUGGUUUGUUUCAGGUACCAGGAGCUGCAGCACAAGAUCCGCCCCGUGGCCAAGGAGGUGCAGUUCACCUACAUCCCAGUUGAUGCAGAAAUUGUAUCAAUUGACGCCUUCAACAAGUCUCCACCCAACAGAGGCCUGGUGGUGGGCAUCACCUUCAUAAAGGACUCUGGGGACAAGGCCACUCCGUUCCUGAACAUCUACUGUGACUAUGAGCCCGGCUCUGAGUUCAACCUGGAGUCCAUUGCGCAAAGCUGUCUGAACCUGGAACUGCAGUUCACACCCUUCCAGCUGUACCACACAGAAGUGCAGUGUGACGCCGGCGGCAUUGAGACAGUGUUUCUGCUCAGCGGCCACGACCAGAGGAUCCACCUGUACAAAGAGAACGCCUCGCUCCACCAGUUUGAGGAGCAGCCGGUGGAGAGACUCUUCCCUGAACUACAGCAACUGCCCAGCAACGUGCUGUGGUUGGACAUGCUGAGUGUAGCUGGCGGACGGCGGAUCUCAGCAUUCGGCUGUCAGAACGGCUGCGUUGGCCUGGCUGUGGUGGACCAGACCGGGCCAGAGGUCUUGCAAAGCUGGCGGGUGCAGUUCGACAGUCCAAUCUCGGCAGUGCUGCUGUUCCCUCUGAGCUGCCACACCUCCCCCCACCAGCCAAGUGCAGACACGGGUGUGGAGAUGGAGGGCUACAACCUCCUGGUCACCAGUACCAUUGAGAUGGCAGUUGUCUACAGAGACGUCCAGGAGUGUGGUCUGUCUCGCUCUAUGUGCCUCUCAGGGAGCGACCAGUGGGAUGCAGUGCUGUGUGCUCUAGUCAUUGACCUGGACUUUGACGGACAGAAGGAGGUGCUGCUGGGCACAUACGGACAGGAACUUCUGUGUUACAAGUUCCACCCGGCGGGGUGCGGACAGUUCCAGCUGCAGUGGCGGCGGAGCUUCAAGAGUCCUCUGCUGUCCAUCAUCUACUUAGACUUGACCGGGGACGGUCUGCGGGAGCUGGCUGUCCUCACAGUGAAGGGACUGCACAUCCUACAGCAUAGUCUUACCUGCACUGCUGAUCUCGUCCUGGAGCGGCUCAGCCACAGGGUGUCCACACUGACCUUCGGCUCUGAGCUGGAGUCGGACAAAACCCCAGACACCAAGGAGAGGGACGCUCCAGCGGAGACAGAAGAGAGUCGAGCUCCUGCACCAUCACUAUGAUCUACCGAGCUUUUGUUUCACGUGUAAGUCUGUUUAAAUGUGCCGUGGUCUCUCAGUGUGUAUCCCUGAAGAAGUGAUGUGACUCUUCAGUUUGGUUUCAUACUGAAUGUUGGUGAUGGAAGAGUUCAAACUAAACCAACUGAAUACAGUUCCCUGGAUUCUGUUUUGAUAUUAUAGACAAUGAUGUGCUGUACAUAGUGUACAGUAAUAAUAAAUGACACAUUUGGGUCGAUA